UCUCUCUCUCUCUCUCUCUCUCUCUCUCUCUCUCUCUCUCUCUCUCUCUCUCUGAGGGAUCCCGAGGAGAGAAAACUGAACCAAUGAACCGUCUGGCGUGUUGCGCUCCCGAGAGAAACACAGGCUGGCUCCAUGGGACCGGCGCUACCUCGGACACCAUCGACAACGGCGCGCCGAGAGACGCGAAUCGAGUGUGAUCGCUCCGACCUGGAGAGACGCGGCGGAUCGAAUCUACGGUGAUCCCUCUUCAUACGUCGAGGAACGCGUCGAGAACCCGCCGAGGUUCGUCACUCCGGAUUCCCCACUCGGGAUUCGUCGGGACGCCGACGAUGACGGCGUGAGCGACGAGCGGGAGGGACAAGGCGGUGGAAUACACGUCGCCGGGAUCCGAAAAGGGAGGAUUUAGAAUACGGCCAAAGUGUGGAGUGUGGAUGUGGUGGAGGUGCGACGGAAGUGGUGGAAGAAGUUGGUGGUUUGUUAUUGUGGAAGUCACGAGCGAAAGUGCAAGCGAGGGUGUGCUGUGCCUCCUCACGUCUCGUGGUUGGUGCCGGUGGUUGUUGUUGACCGAGUACGAGUGUCCAAGUGACGGUGCGCCAUCCCCGUCGUCCACCGUCGUUGUUACCAUGGUUUCCACGUCCUUUGUGACUCUGGUGUUCCUCGUGUGUCUGCAAACGGUACUACUGUCGACUGUGAGCAACUGCGCGAAGACGAUCAGCAUGUACUGGAACACCACCAAUUCCAUAUUUCGAAUAGACAAUACAGAUCACAUAAUUGACGUAAAUAAGAACAACGCAGCGUUCGAGUACGAUCAAGUCAAUAUAAUAUGUCCUGUGUAUCCGCCGGACUCGUACGUCGAUGAUGAUGCUGAGAAGUACAUCAUUUAUAACGUGUCCAAGGAGGAGUACGAGACAUGUCGGAUAACGAACCCGAGUCCGCGGGUAAUAGCGGUAUGCGACAAGCCGCGCAAAACGAUGUACUUCACCAUCACCUUCAGGCCGUUCACGCCGCAACCCGGGGGCCUCGAGUUCCUCCCGGGCCACGAUUAUUACUUCAUCAGCACCUCGUCCAAGGAUGAUCUCCACAGGCGCAUCGGCGGACGGUGCACCAGCCACAACAUGAAGGUCGUCUUCAAGGUCUGCUGCGGCAACGAGGCCGAGACCUCCUCCUCGUCGGCGACAUCACGUAACAACUCCGUAGCCGUGACCAGCAGCACCGUGCCCAGCAGCAGCUCGACGAGCACCGCAGUUUUGGGCGGUGGAGCCGCCGGUCUGCCGCCCCCGCCGCUGCCGCCGAUCGUCUACAGGGGCGGAGAUCGAUUCUACCCGGGGGGCAGCAUUCAUCAUCAUCACGAUCAUCAUCAGCCGGGCACAGCGGCGCCGAGCCUGCCCCAUGUGCCCCCGCCGGCCAUCUACCCCGCGCAUCCGCAUCAGCCGCAGCCGCCGAUUCACAAUGUACCGCCGUCCUCGAUGACGCCGCCCAAGACCUCGACCGGUCAGAAGAAGAAGAACAAGGAGUAUUCGGAUCAUCCGAAUGAGGUAGUGAAGAACGAGGAGCUGACGUACAACGGUGCGAACUCGUAUGCUUAUACGCAAGUUCAGUACGCGCAAAGUCUGAUCCUGGCGACGGGCAGCCUGUUGAUGAGUGCGUUGCUGCAGCAGCUGCUGCGGUGAAGCGACAGCACCGGACACGUACGAGAAUGUCGUAUAUCCCAUGCGUCGAAACCCCUUCUUCUGUGAUUAUCCUACGUUUAAUUGAUUUCUUGAGAAGCGCGCGAGUCAAGCGCGUACCUCGGCCGUCCCUCGAUCGUAGUAAAGACACGCACGAUCUAUGGUCGUGCCGACUCGAGAGAUAGCAGAAAAGAAAGAAAAGACAGACAGAAGAGACGGACAGAGAAAGAGAGAGAGAGAGAAAGAGGAUGAAGAGCGAGAGAAGAAGAGACACAUCGAGAGAAGAGACAUGCACGACACACGAGCGGCAACGCCAUAUUAAACACAAUUAAAAAACUAGCGGGAUUCUACUGUGGAAUACCGUAGAAGGACGAAGAAGACAAGGAAGCCGAGGAUGGGAGAGAAAUAGGAGAGAAAACAGAAAAGAAAAGACGGAAAGAGAAGCGCUAUUACUAGACACUACUUAUAGUACACGCCCACUAUUAUCACUACUAUAAAUGGUAGUCGUAUUGGUUGUCCUUCUUAUCAUUACACUAACUGUAGGUAUUUAUUCGAAUAUGAGAGACAGAUGUGAGACGGGAGUCGUGGCAGCGUGCUAAGUAUCCUCGACCGAGAGCGAAAAGUGUACGCGAGAGAAGGACGUCUAUUAUAUGUUAGUAGCAAGGCCAUGUACGCGAGUAAUGUCAAAUCGCAUGUUUUUGAGCGUCAAACGAAUCCUUAAUUCGAGAGAAAACGUCACGUGAACUCGGCCAUCGACGACGAACGGUCCUUCGUUAAGGGGUCCUCGCUCGGGGCCGGCAAGGAAAAUAGUUUGUCCUGAGCGCGAUCAUACGAGCGUGCCGUGCCUCGAGAAAAGAGUACCUGAAAAUCCUUGAAUGCUUUCGGUUCGCGGCCAAGGCAGUAAUAAUCCGGGUCAAAUGAUCGCAACUCUAAUCGCGAGUGACUUCCGGAAACUUCAUAGAUAUCUGGAUUCGACGCGACGCGCCGUAAUUCCUCGAUAAUCGAUCGACCUUACCAGGAGGAACGAAAGAUCGAAGAAUUGGGAGAGAUCAUCUGAGAUUAAUUCCGUGUCUCUCGCGCGACAUUUAAAUUUGGACCGAUUGCCGCGGCCGCCCGGCCAAUCGCAGGACGCCGAGGACGAAGGAUCAUUCGAGUUCGCAUGCGAGAUCGUGAGUAGGAUAGUUAGCACGCGUGUAAAUAAAUUCCUAAUGAAUAUGUACAAGUGGCUCUUGUGGUCGCCUUGUAUGCCGAUGGGCAACAGGGAACCGGAGAGAUUUAAGAAAGAGUGCCGUAUUUCUAGGUAAAUCUUAUAAUAUGAGAUGAAAGAAAGAGAGAGAAAGAAAAAGAGUAUGAAUCAGAGAGAGAGAAAAUGUGCAUAUGUGUAUGAUGAUGUGAUUAUGAUGUGAGCACCGUGCUCAUCAAACAAGUUAACGCAAACCACGAACUUAUGUGAAUUUCACUACAAGUCUAAUUACAUCGUUGUCACGAGUCAACAUCGAGGAUAGUAUAUAGUAUCGUUGAUUCAAGCCGUUGAGUAAGGAAUAUAGCCUAGAAAAAGAGCGAGCGAAUAGAGAAUAUUGUGCGAGAGAGACUGAGUCGCUAAUCGAAUAAAAAGACAGAUUUGUAUAAUAGCUGUACCAUAUUGAGACUUCUAUCUAUAAAUCUGUAUUAUAUUUAUUAUCCGCUAUCAUUAUGCUAACGAAUAUUCAACACUCGAUAUUCUAUAUUUGCUAGUGAAAUAUCAAAUUUAAUAGCGAACAAAUUAACGUACUGCCGGCACCGGGGGUGAAGCGGUGAUCGCGGCACGAACGAGCCCCCGGGGCCAACCUCCCCUCUCCCCUCUUCUUCUUCUCCUCUCCCCCAUUGUUUAUUUCCUUCGUUCUUGAUUUGGUUCCGAGUAUUAUACACGAAUAAUGUUUCUAUUCAUUGUUUAAUCAAUUCGAUUAUGUUUCUGAUUUAUUGAUCUUUUUUUUUAUUAUUCUAUUUAUUAUUCAUUAUCAGAAAAAAGACUUGAGCGUGUACACGUUUCAUGCCACACACUCGCGAAUUCAUUUUUCGUGUGACGCACGCACGUACGCACGCGCAUGCGAUACGCAAAAGGCGAAAAACGAAGCAGUGAGUAAUUUUUCGUUCGUGUCCACAAAAAAAAUACAAUUGCCAGCGCGACUGCACUAACGAAUUAUUGUAAAUACGAAUUUACGCGGGAAAUGAGUAUCGUAGCGAGAGAAUGUACGAUUGUGUGAGAGAGAGAGAGAAAAAAAAGAUUCUUAUUCAGAAUCUUAAGUAGCAAAAUGCAGAAUCCUUAUGCGUUGAAUAUUACUUGACCAAUUUCAUUUUCAGACUUUGUCAUUCAUAGUUCAUCGUCCCCAUUCGCGUCUACGAUCGCGAGAGCAGCGAACAACCGCGAUCAGCCCAGAAUUGCGAAUAAACGGCGAAAGUUCAGCAGCGAAAUAUUGUAAGCCUGAACAUUAUGCGCCUCUGCCAUCCAUCAUUCGUUCGUAUUUUCACUUGUUUUGUUAUUGCAACAGCAAUUAGUGACGAGCGAGUUGAUCAACGCGAUCUUUCACGGUUCCAAUCAAUCGUCGAUUCGAAAGUCACAUGUAUCUUUUUAGAUAAGUUACGACGUUAAGUAAGACGCAUUUGCAGACAAUCAUCAUUGUAUCCGAAAUUUGUCAGGCUAAUGAUUUAUUAUUUACGUUGCGAAUAUUCAUCCCUGAUCUCUCCGGUUGAAAUGUGCGAGUAUUGGUCAUAAUCAUACUCAUCUUUAAUUGUACGUCUAUUGAUAGUAGAUAUAUGUUCAAUUGUUGCUUCGGUGAUUUUUUAGAGAUUCACUUAAAUAUUACGGAAUCUUGCAGAUACCGAGGAUACUCUCCAGUAUUUUUCAACCAGAGAGUCCAUUGUAGAUAUAUAUGUAACAUUUUACGGAACCUCGGACGCGCUCGCUUGUCGCACCGCAAUUGCAUUGUUGGGAAUUGUGAAAGUGUCGCGCCGACCGCGAGUCGAAUUUAUUUUAAGUAACGGCGAGGAAGAACGGGAAAUGUGCCGCUUGAUCGAUCGUUCGUACGCGAAGAGCGAAAAGGAUACGUGGUUUCACGUACACGCUAGGUACUCACUCGCGCGGACGAUAAGCGAAUACGUUAUAACGAUAAUAUAGACUCGAAUUAUUCGAUAUAGAAAAUAGACAAGGUCGCUCACUGCAAACUCAUUCCUUUUUUUUUUGUUUUUUAUUUCCCCUUUUUGUUUCUGUCAUUUAUCCAUCACGUCCACACCAUCGCACACUCCUAUGAUCCGUGCCGCAGACCGCGAGACGUGAGGCGUCCUGCUGCCGACGAGGGGAAAAAAAAAAAGUAUUUUUUUAACAGCAGAUAGAGAGAAUGCAUUUCCGGUGGGUUUGUUUGUUCAGAGAGACGUAUGUAAAUAAAUGUAACGUGCGUAUAUAUACGCGCGAAUUUGACCGUGGGAAUUUGACCGCGUAUUAACGAGCCAGAUCUAUAUUUCGGACCGCACCAUCCGCGGACUCGUCAAUGCGAUUUAAAUAAAGGAACAUGUAAAUAAACAUCCGAGGUAUGAUUAAAAAAAAAAGGGAAAAACAGGAUACGCUUCACGUCCAUCCCGAGGAGGUCUGAGUUCCCGUCUGCUAUUACGUUCGGUAAUGCCACUUCACUUACGUAAUCAUCCACUCGUGUGCGUGUACAAGAGAACAAGAAGAAGGAUGCCCGACGAGGAGCGUGCGUGCGUGCGUGCGCGCGCGCGCGAUGUCUCUCCCGCUCGAACGAGAGGCACGCUGCACGCGUUCUCACGCAUGAAAACAAAAAGAAAAAGGAAAAAAAAAGACUUGUUCCUCUCUUCUCGAGAUCGAGGGUAAAAUAUCCGCCGCAACACGGCCGCGCGGUUUGUAAUGAAUUAAUUAAUUAAUUAACGCGUUAAAAGGGCGAUAAAGCGAAUUUCGAAUAGACACGCGUCUCUGUAAAUAAACAAAUUAAAUGAUUAAAUAACGGUAAACACGAUGAAAUUUAUAUUAAAGUGCAUAGCGAAUAUGAGAUAGGUUUCUAAUAACGGUUUAUUAUAAAAAUAAGAAAAAAAUGUGAAUGUAUGUUGAUGUCUAAGAUUUUUAACGAGAUGGAGGACACAGAGUGGUUAAUUGUAAACUACGAUUACACUAUUCGUAACCGAAGUAACGCGAGUACUAAUUAAACAGGAAGGUUCGGAGGGCGGAGCAACACUUAGCGACAGAUCGUGAUUUCUCACGUUGCAUAUAUUAUUUUGUAACCGGAGCGUACAGGAUCCAUACCAUACACUCUCGACAUCACGGCUAGCAUACGCGGCAUCUUAUCGCGAGAUGACAAACUCGUUAAAGCCGUAAGACUCAAAAAUUUUGAUUAAUACUCCGUGUACUAAUUAAGGCGGAAAUGAUAAAAAAAUGACGGAAAACCGACGUGCGAAAUGAUAUUUUAUUUAACUUCCUUUCCAACGGUGAUCUCGAUACUUCGAUUCGCAAUCGUAAACUUCAUCAAUUUUGCUUCAACCCUGAUCACGUUGUCCGACGAGUUUUUAAUAACUACUCGUUUCUUCUUCUUUUUUUUUUUUGCGCGCAUGGACACUCUUUCUCAUUCGGACGAUUAUUUUGUCGAGUAUGGCGCGUCCCGUGAUUAAUGAAACGCGACGUAUGCGUCCGUGGUACAUCGGAAUAUUAAUUAAAAAUCUCGCCGGUGUCUACGAGCAGGGCUCGUUAACGAGCACGCUCGUCGUUUUCGUGCAGUGCUCGACUCGGCCGCCGCGUAUGGUAUCCUUGGAACGGGACCUUAUAGAUUGCGUGUGUUCACCAGUAUGCACAUUCAGUACCAGUCGUUCAUUACGAAGCAUUACAGAAUACAAUACAAAGUAGCGUAGCGUUCAUAACGGUAGUCCACUAUAGCGAAAUAGUAUUUAAACGAGCAGCCGCCGGUUGC